AUGGACAACUGGGCCCAACAGGGUUCUGACCUCUUCAAGCAGGGCCACGAUGCUUUCAAGCAGGGCUCCGAGUUCCUCUCCAAGCCCCUGCAGAAUCUUCAGGAUCAGUUCAAGACACUCUCUGGCGAGGCCCGUCAGCUUUGGCAGGAGGUCGCCGACCACUUCCCCAACAGCAUGGAGCAGGCCCCCAUGCUCUCGCUGCCCAAGAAGCACAACCGUCGCCCUGACUCUCACUGGGACCAUGUUGUCCGUGGCGAGGAGGUGCAGAGUGUUUGGGUCACUGGUGCUGGCGGCACCAAGGAGCGGGAGAUUGAUGGUAAGCUCGAGGCUUAUGAUCUCCGCGUGAAGAAGGUGGAUCCCAGCGUCCUCGGUGUCGAUCCCGACGUCAAGCAAUACAGUGGUUAUCUUGACGAUAACGAGAACGACAAGCAUCUGUUCUAUUGGUUCUUCGAGUCUCGCAACGACCCCGAGAAUGAUCCCGUCGUUCUCUGGCUGAACGGCGGCCCCGGCUGCUCUUCCCUGACUGGACUGUUCAUGGAGCUUGGACCCAGCUCCAUAAACGCUGAGAUCAAGACUGUUUACAACGACUACUCCUGGAACUCCAAUGCCUCGGUGAUUUUCCUGGACCAGCCUGUCAACGUCGGUUACUCCUACAGUGGCAGCGCCGUGAGCAGCACCGUCGCUGCGGGCAAGGACGUCUAUGCUCUUCUGUCCCUGUUCUUCAAGCAGUUCCCCCAGUACGCUAAGCAGGACUUCCACAUUGCUGGCGAGUCCUACGCUGGUCACUACAUCCCCCAGUUCGCCUCUGAGAUUCUCUCCCACAAGAAGCGCAACAUCAACCUGAAGUCCGUCCUGAUCGGAAACGGUCUGACCGAUGGUCUCACCCAGUACGAGUACUACCGCCCCAUGGCUUGCGGUGACGGUGGCUACCCUGCUGUCCUUGAUGAGGGUACCUGCCAGUCCAUGGACAACGCUCUUCCCCGCUGCCAGCAGAUGAUCCAGGCUUGCUACGACAGCGAGAGCGCUUGGGUCUGCGUUCCCGCCUCCAUCUACUGCAACAACGCCCUGUUGGCUCCCUACCAGCGUACUGGCCAGAACGUUUACGACGUCCGUGGCAAGUGUGAGGAUGAGUCUAACCUGUGCUACAAGGGCAUGGGCUAUGUUAGCGAGUACCUCAACCAGGCCAACGUUCGCGAGGCACUCGGUGCCGAGGUCGACGGCUACGACUCCUGCAACUUCGACAUCAACCGCAACUUCCUGUUCAACGGUGAUUGGAUGAAGCCCUUCCACCGUCUUGUUCCUGGUCUCCUCGAGCAGAUCCCCGUCCUCAUCUACGCCGGUGACGCCGACUUCAUCUGCAACUGGCUCGGCAACAAGGCUUGGACCGAGGCUCUUGAGUGGCCCGGCCAGAAGAAGUUUGCUGGUCUGGAGCUGGACGACCUUGUUAUUGAGCAGAACAAGCACACUGGCAAGAAGAUCGGCCAGGUCAAGUCCCACGGCAACUUCACCUUCAUGCGUCUGUAUGGCGGUGGCCACAUGGUCCCUAUGGACCAGCCCGAGUCCAGCCUGGAGUUCUUCAACCGCUGGUUGGGUGGUGAGUGGUUCUAA